AUGAGCCACCACCAACAUCCCUACGGCGGCUACGAUGCAGGACCUCCGGGUCGCCGCGACGGCGGUGGGGGACCACCGCCUCGAGGACCACCGCAGCAGCAGAGAGCGCCGCUGCCCAAUCGUCCUGCUGACCAAGGAGGCUAUGGUGGGUACGACUAUGGCUAUCAGCAGGGGGGUUACGACGGCGGCUAUGGAGCGGCGUCGGGAGGUGGCGGCGUAGCAGGCCACCCUCCCCCGCCGGGCCGCGACGACUACGGUCCCUAUCGAGGCGGACCUGGCGAUGGUGGUUACGCUCCUGAUGGACCGAGACGUCCUCCCCCCAUUCCCCCGCCACCACAAGCAGCAGGUGGCAUUGGUGGGCCAAGAGGACCACCGCCGAUGGCAAUGGGCGCUGGCUCCUCACCUAGCUAUGGGCGUCCUCCGAAUCCUUACGACGGUCGAGGCGGGCCUCCCCCUCCCGGUCCUCCGGGCCCUUCAGGUCCACUUCCACCACCAGGACAGGGCUACGGAGGACCACCACCGCCACAAGCCUACCGAGGAGGGCCAGGGCUAGGACCCGGUCCAGGAGCAGACAUGCGGCCUCGCCCUCCUCCCCCCUCUGCGAUGGGAGGGUAUGGCGAGCAACCGCCUCCUUCGUCCUGGAACCCAUCCGAAGCCAACGCGCCGCCCCCACGAAACGACUCAUACAGUGGUGGCUACCCACCGGCCGCUGGAGGGGGAGGGGGAGACUACGGGGAGUACUACGAAGAUGACGGGCCAUCGCGCAAGAGACCAAGAGGGCGCGACGACGACCAGCUCAUCAAGGACAGGAUCAAGCGCGAGAGACCCUGCCGGACUCUAUUUGUGCGCAACAUUGACUUCGGGCUAGACCCAGAGGACCUCAAGAAGCGCUUCCUCUCCUUCGGCGACGUCAAGAGCUACUUUGACCUGACACAGAAGCGCGGCCUCCUCUUUGUCUCCUACUUUGACCUUCGCGCGGCCGAGUACGCAAAGGCGCAGAUGCAGGGCCAUCUCAUCAAUGGCCGCGCCCUCGAUGUGCACUACAGCCUGCCUCGUGAUGAGGACACGUCCAAGCGGUGUGAUCGCGACAAGGACCAGGGCACCCUCUUUGUCCUUCUCAAGCACGCCCAGGGCCGGCUCGAAGACCAGGAGCUAAGGGACUUGUUUGGCGAGUUUGGCGCCAUCAGGAGCUUGAGGAGAUACAAGGACCAGAACAAUUGCCGGUUCCUCGAGUACUACGACUGCAGGGCCUGCAAGGCUGCGCACGAUGCCUUGCUCGGACAGCACUGGCACGGAGGAGAGUGGGAUCUCAAAUUCGCGUGGGAUGCGGCGGCUCCCGACCGUGAUCGUAAACCAAAGGACGUUGGUGGUGGCGGCUCAGCUUACCCCACUGGCCCAGGCGCUGGCCUGGGCAGGGGAGGAGAUCAGAAUGGCGAUGCUAUGCCUCAAUGGGCCGAGCCUCACCCUCCAGGCCCACCGUCCGACUUUGGUGGAUACGGACCGUCUGCUGGACCAAGACGGCCACCGCUCCCUUCGUCGCCCAACGAUGGCUCAUCAUCAGGAUACGGUGCCGGACGCAAGCGGCCGUUUGAAGCUGAGUACGAGGAGCCGCCGAUGCGGCAGUGGGGCGCUCCGUCUGGCGGUGAUCGAGGCGGCGAUGGCUACGGACGGCCGCCUCCGCCCGAUCGCUAUGGUGGUCCUUCCGGCCCAGACAAUCGAGGAUUCUACCCCACACCGCCUCCAUCGGCCGGCCCUGGCUACCGUCCCCCUCCGCCUUCUGCCGAGUACGGCUACGGCAAUGACAUGCAAGCAGGCCGCGGCUAUCCCCCCGGACCUGGCCAGUCGCCCUAUCCUGCGGCUGCCUCCGGUCUACCCCCACCACAAGGCUACGGUCCGAACGCACGACCUCCGCCACCGGGCGGCGCUGGCCCACCGGCGGCGCCUCCCGCGGGCACCUCUGCCGAAGAUCAGCAGCGCCUCGAGCAGGCGCAAAAGGUGCAGCAGCUCCUCGCCUCGCUCAAGCCCGGCGGUGGCGGCGGAGCAGCAGCACCUGCGGCUGCCUCGCCUCCGCCACAGCAGCAGCAGCAGCAGCAACAAGCGCCUGUCCCCGCGCUGCCUUCGAACAUUGCCGCACUUCUGGCCGCCAAGAGCCCCACGGGCGGCGCUGGCCAGAGUCAAAGCCAGCAGGGCGCUGCGCAGCAGGGGCAGUCGGCCGGACAAGGCGGCGCAGCGUCGAUGCAGAACCUGCUCAACAUGCUCCAGAAGCGUUGA